AUGCCGCUUGUACUAGCAGAGAAAGGAAAAAUAGCUUUAUUCAUCGGCGGAAUAAUGAUUUUAUCAGAAAAUAGAAAAAAGAAAGUCGGCGGAGAUGGACGGACGCUCGCGUGUCGCGACCGCAGACCGGCGCCGACCCAUUUGACAGUCUGGCGUACCGGUUCGUCGCUUAUAUACACUGGCGGAUUAGUCGCAGCCGCAGUGCAACCGAUGGCGGACAAAUCCGCCGGAACUGUCCUUGGCUGUAUGUUUUUACCAUUUGUGUGGGCUGUGAAUGCAAUAUGGUUCUUCAAAGAAGCUUUCAUAAAGUCACCAUUUGAAGAACAAAAACAAAUAAAGAAAUAUGUAUUGAUGAGCGCUGGUGGAGCUUUAGUAUGGGCAACAGCUCUGAUAGUGUGGGUGACAAUAUUCCAGCUAAGGAGAGCAUCGUGGGGUGCGACUGGAGAUGCACUUUCAUUCAUAGUACCACUAGGACGAGCCUAAAGCAACAGAAAUUGGCUGUUUUAUGGUUAAUUUUAACAUUGUUAUUGCAUCUGUAAAAUGCUGGCACUUUAUCAUGGCUACAGAGCUACCAAGAUCUUUAUGAAUGUGGCGAACAUUGGAACUAACGCUGCCGUCUUUGUAAUGAUCAUAUUUUGUAUGCCAAUUACAUA